GAUGUGUGGGCAGAGGCUGAAUAGCACACAGGAGCCAAACAUAUAAAACACAGCAACCUUAAGAAAAUGAGAGAACCUCAAGUUGACUCUUUGUCACGAGCUUGACUGAGCUGACUGCCAACGAUCUAUCAACGUGACCAGCGCAACUUCAGCAUAACGAUGACUGUAAUACCAUGGUUCGUCAUGCUCCUCUGUGUUAUUCUACAAAUAGUGAAUGGCCUCACCUCCUUCCACGACAUCUACAUGGUGGAUAAGGGGGACAGUUUGGUGACUCUGACAUGUCCCACGGCAUUCUCUGGUGCUAUGACGUGGAAGUACGAGGGCGAGACUGAGUAUUUCGACCACACUCAGGUCCAAGGCCAUAACCUGAUACUGAAUGAGGUGGACUGGCAUGGAGAAUACAGCUGCUGGGAUGGAGACAGGAAACUAGGAUCAAUCUAUCUACUGGAUGAGCUGAAGGACCCGGAGGAGCCGGACGAUUCUCUAAUCAGCUGUUCGGCCAAGUCUUAUGGCUGCACCUUUAACUGUAGCUGGACCCGCAGUGAAUUCACCGCUGUCCGCCUUGGGCUGGGCCAUGACUGUACUGACAGCCAGGACUCUUGCACCUGGGUGUACCCAACGGCCAGCCUUCAAGAUGGAGGGUUUGAGUUUGAACUGACCCAUUCGCUUUCACCCUACACUGAGGAGACCGCUCCCCUAGUGGUCACUGCUGAGGCCAUCACCAGGCAGGAGUACCUCAGGAGGACUAAGAGGUUCUACCUACGCGACAUUGUCCAGCCAGACAGUCCUGCAGGGGUGAAGUGCCAGGUGAUGGAUCAGAGAUUGAAGGUGAAAGUAGAACCACCAGCCACCUGGAACUGUCCUCCCAGCUACUUCCCUCUGGAGCACCAGAUAGGAUACAUAUUUAAAGACAACGGCAAGGAGGAGCACUCUAUGAUUCCUCUAAUCCCUAGAGGGGUCAGUAAACUGAGGGCCCGCUCCAGAGACCCCCUGGUCCCUUCCCCCUGGAGCCAGUGGACCCCCUGGAAAAAUGUGGUUGCAGGAGGCAAGAAGGAGGAGAAACACAAAAGGCAACGCAAAGGAAAAGAUAGCAUCCGCUGCAAGACAGGAGAAAAGAAGGGGACCAAGACUAAGUCAAGAUCUGCAUUCACUGCUAAUGAAUAACGGACUUUGUGCUCUCUAUUGAAUUAUCACUAUGUGUUUCUGGGAUCUAGAGUUAAAUAUGUCAAUAAAAUGUAAUGUUUACA